AUCCCUUGGCUCCUCUCUUUCUCAACCACAUAACUCAAAACUUUCACAACAAACAAAUCACCACCACAUCCAAAUGAAUUGGGCCAUUAUAAAGUGGAGCACAACAUUCAUAAAAUAAUUGAAAGUGUUGUGACUUCUGAAUCUACAUAUAAGGAUUGGUUGGAUAUCCCUAAAAUAGUACAUGAUGUACAGAAUACUGCAGUCUGCAGAAUGUUUGUCCAUACAUGUCAUGUUAAAAUCUUAAUCAUAGGACUUAGGAGGAACUCACAUUUGCCAUAUUCAAAUGUGAUGAGAGGUUCACUGUAAGUCUGUAAUGGGAGAUGAGUGACACGUGGCAACUAUUUCAUCUAAAAGCCUUAAAAAAAAAAAAAGGCAUGUCAACCACAGUUUUUCUCAUUAUUGUUUUUAUUUCAUUCUCUUUCCAGUUUUUAAGUUCCAACGUCACCUUCUUCUUCUCUCUCCCCAGAAUCACCACCGACAUUGUAGAGGCAGAAGCACCAGUUUUUUUUUUUUUUUAAAAUCAACAAUGAAGAAUUGCACAUUGCUAACAUAGAUUUUAGGCAAUACCGGAAGCUCUCGCUCCCCAAUUCUCCCUCUCGGCCCAGAAAACCUCCCCACCGCAAACCCACCUCCAGGAAGCCUCCAAAUCGUUCUCAGACCCAUUCUGAAGCUUCGGAUCCGAAUUCGAAUUGCUCUUUGCAAACCGCGCAGUGAGACUCUACCUGGGUCUCGUCGAUUUCGAUCGUGGGCAUCGACUCGAUCGCCGACUUCGAAGCCGGCGGGUUCUCGUACCUCGCGACGACGCCGUUCAAUUCGAUCUGCGACAGUUGCUCCAAAAGCCGAUCGAACCCGGACCCCAACAGAAAAUCCGACCUGCUCGGCGGCAACGGCCAUAGACCCGACCCGCUUCCGUCGUCGUAAAAGAGCUCGACCGUAUGGCGUCGUUCUGGAGCUGGCGCCAUACGGUCUUGAUAAGUGGGUUUUGAUCCUUUUUUAUUCUUUGUUUGAUCAGUGGGUUUUGGGAAUUUUGUGUGGCUUGUGUGGGUUUUGGGAUUGUUUGAUCAGUGGCGUCGAUCUUCUGUGGUUUUGAUCAGUAGGCUUCAUUGAUGGUGGCUGGGUUGUUUUGUGGCUUGAUGAUGGUGGCUGGGUUGGUUGUGUUGGGUCUGUGAGGGAGAGAUGAUAGUGUUAAAGAAUGAAUAUUUGAUUGAAUAAAAAAGGAUCAGAACUUCGGUGCGGUGGCGCCAGCUCCAGAACGAUGCCGCGGCGUUUGCUCUCUGAUACGUGUGUGCAGAGGCAAAACAGUAAUCCAUUCACGUCGAGAUUAGAAGAAUUUGCCUUCGGAUUCCAUCCUCUUGAAAGUGAGAAGUUCUUGCUUGCAGUUUGGUUCAAUAAAAUAAAAGAGCCAACCAUAGUUUGGUCUGCAAAUGGAAAUGAACCAGCACCACAAGAUUCUAAACUGACGCUGGAUAUCAGCGGUGCAUUUGUUCUCAAUGACCCUAAUGGCAAAGAGUUAUGGAAGACUCCAAGGAAUGGUUCCAAAUCCAGUUGUGCGGCUCUGCUGGACAAUGGUAACUUGGUGAUUUUAGAUGAGCGGUAUAAUUCUAUAUGGGAAAGCUUCAAAGAGCCUACUGAUACAAUCUUGCCUGGCCAAAUACUGUACAUGAAUACCAUACUCAGGUCUCGAGAAUCUGAGACAAAUUAUUCAAAAGGGCGCUUCCAGCUUUCUUUUCAGAUUGAUGGCAAUUUCGUGCUUUACUCUCUUUCUAUGCCAUCUGAAGCCCUUGAGAAGGCUUAUUUUGCCACCGGCACAACGAACUGGGAAUCACAGUUGAACUUUACUGAGGAUGGAUACAUGUACAUCCAAGAUGCAAAUUUUACAAACAGAGUGUACAACCUUACCAAGGAAAGUCCUGCAGGCUCAAAAGAAAAUUUCUACUACUUGGCUAGGAUUGAUUAUGAUGGUGGCUUCAGAUUGUACAACCACACCAGAAAGGUGAGCACCCCAAGUGAGAGCUGUUCUUCAUCAUGGACUGUAGUGCAAAGCAUUCCCAGUGAUAUUUGUGCUACAUUUACUGGUGAUGCUGCUGCUGUUGGAGGUGGGUUUUGUGGACCGAACGGAUAUUGCCGUACCGCAGGUGAUUCUAGUGGGAAUGGGCCAGCAUUUUGCUUUUGUCCUGAGGGAUUUUCUCCCUUGGACCAAUCCAAUAAUUUUGCAGGCUGCAAACCAGAUUUUUUAUUGCCUAGCUGCCAAAUUGGAUGGGAAAAGCAAAAAGAAAAUAUAGAGUUUAAAAUGCUUCAAAAUGUGAAUUGGCCGUUCACAGAUUACGGUCGUGUUACCGUGGCUAAUGAAGCAGAGUGUAGACAGCUAUGCCUUGACGAUUGCUUGUGUAUUGUGGUCAUUUAUGAAGGUAACGGUAAUCAAUGUUGGAAGAAGAAGUAUCCUCUGUCCAAUGGAAUGUAUAUAGAAAGUAAUACUAGCAAAGUUCUCAUCAAGACACCUAAAAUUAUAGAUUCAGAUAAGAAACACCAGUCUAUGGUAGUUGUCUUGGCACUACUCCUUGGCAGCUCUGCAUUUCUUAAUAUCCUUUUCUUCUUAGGUAGUAUUGUGGCUAUUAUCUACUUGUACCACAAAAGGCUCAAUUCGCAAUGGAAUAUUGAUAGAACACUUACAACAAAUGUGAGAAGCUAUACAUAUAAAGAGCUCGAAGAAGCAACCAGGGGCUUCAGGCAAACAGUGGGAAAAGGAGCUUUCGGAACUGUUUAUAAAGGAGUCCUUCCAUCAGAUUCUAAAAGAUUUGUUGCAGUCAAGAAGUUAGGCAAGGUGGUAGAAGAAGGUGAGAAGGAAUUCAAAACGGAAGUGAGCGUGAUCGGUCAAACUCAUCACAAGAAUUUAGUCCGUUUGCUCGGCUAUUGUGAUGAGGGGCAGCAUCGGCUUCUGGUAUAUGAGUACAUGAGUAAUGGCUCUUUAGCUAGCUUUCUCUUUGGGAUAUCCAGGCCUCAUUGGAACCAAAGAGUGCAAAUUGCUUUUGGAACAGCACGAGGCCUAAUGUACUUACAUGAAGAGUGCAGCACCCAAAUCAUCCACUGCGAUAUAAAACCUCAAAACAUACUCCUAGAUGAGUACUUUACGCCAAGGAUUGCUGAUUUUGGAUUAGCAAAGCUUUUGUUGGCAGAUCAAAGUCGAGCAGCUCGUACAGCAAUAAGAGGGACAAUUGGAUACUUUGCACCUGAAUGGUUUAGGAAAGCAUCCAUUUCGGUUAAGGUUGAUGUGUACAGUUUUGGUGUGAUGUUACUAGAGAUCAUUUGCUGCAAGUCUAGUGUAGCAUUUGCACUAGGAGAAGAGGAGGCAUUGAUAGAUUGGGCUUAUGAAUGCUACAAAGAUAAAAAAUUAGAUAAGUUGAUAGAAGAUGAUGAGGAGGCAAAGAAUGACAUGAAGAGGCUAGAAAGGUUUGUGAUUGUGGCGAUUUGGUGUAUUCAAGAAGAUCCUUCACUGAGGCCCUCGAUGAAAAAGAUCACACAAAUGCUCGAGGGAGUGAUUGAAGUUUCUGUGCCCCCAAGCCCUUCAUUGUUUACUUCUUCUCCCCCUUCAUUCAAAAAAUAGGUCAUCUUGAGUUUUGAUUGCCCCAUAGUUAACCAUUUGUGGUAUAUGACAAUGGCUGACUUUGUACAUCUAUUUUCGUCUAAUUUUCUAACUUUUAGGUUUAGGCUAGGGUUGUUAUUUCCUUAGGUUGGAAUAAAGUUUUUGUCAUUCAUAAUAUUUUAGAGAGUCCUCUCCUAUAUUUUUUAGUAGAUUCCCAAAUUCUCUUUGUGAAUUCAAGGAUUUUUAUGUUGAAGCAGAUAUGUUCUGCAUGUUAAUUAUAGCUUUCUACCUGUGUCAACUGAAUAUAGCCAUCCUUUUUUAAGUUUUGGUGUAACACCUUUUCUUAUUUGUAUUAUGGUAUCAGAAUUUGGCCAAUAGUGGUUGGUUUCCUGUCUCUUGCAUUGCGGUUUGUUUUUUACUAUAAGGCUCUCUUGUCUCAUGCGUAUUAUCCUUUGGUGUAUUUCACCUUCUUAGUUGUAAU